AUGUCGAACCAAAGACAAGCCUCCUCGGCCUCGCAAGUCCCCCACCUCUCGCCCGCCGAACUUUCCUACCUCUACACCUCCCUCAGCCUACCCAAGAACCCCAUCCGACCAGACGGCCGCUCACCCACACAAUUCCGGCCCCUUUCAGCAGAGACCAACAUCCUGCCUGGCACAAACGGCAGCGCGCGCAUCGGCUUCGCAGACGGCACGCAAGCGAUCGUAGGCGUCAAAGCCUCAGUUGAGAAGACCAUUCUCGCGGCCGACACGCUCGACUCACGGAGUCUGGCGCAGCACGGCGAUGCGCUGAACCGCGAGGGCGAGGAGGGUUCCGCGGCUGUCUCGGGGCAGGGCGAGUGGGUGCAGAUGUCGAUUGAGAUCCCCGGGUACCGGGAUGAUGAUGCCUUGCCUGUGUUUUUGGGCGAGAUGAUGAGGGAGAGUUUGGUUGGGUCUGUUGCUGGUGGUUCGGAAGAGGUAAAGGAGAUGGCGGGAGGUUUGAAGGGGAGGCUUGUUAUCAACAAGCGGUGGCAUUGGCGGUUGUAUAUUGAUGUUUUGCUACUCUCCCAACCGCUCGCAUACCCCCUCCCACUCCUCUCACUCACAACCCACCUCGCCCUACUCAGCACCAAGCUCCCGAAACUCAAGUCCACAGGCGAAGAAGACCCCUUCUUCGACGACGACUGGGCUGUCGCCGAGUACCUCUACCCGCGCUCCAACAAGCAAUCCUCCCCCUCAGACGCACCUACAUACCCCGUCCGCCCACCUGUAACGCUGCUCGUGAUCGCCGUCGGCGAGAACGUCAUCUUCGACCCCAACCGAGAGGAAAUCGCCGUCGCAGAUGCAGUGCUGGCUAUAUCCAUUACGCGCAGCAGUGAUUCGGAGAACAUGAAAUUGCUCUCUAUCCGAUCAAUCGAUCCCCCCUCCCGCCUGACCCAGCCUGGUAUCCCCAAUUCCGAGAAUGUGAAUAUGCUCGGUGGUCCGCCGGCAUCUAGCAAUCAGUCCGGUGGGCAGGAGGAGGUUGGUGGUGUGUGGCGCCCGCGUCGGGGUGGAGUUCAGCGCAGUGUUAUUACGCGUAUGAUCAAGACUGUGCUCCAGAAGGGCGGCGUUGGUGAGGAGGUUAUCCAGGGCCUUGAGGGGGUUAAAGUUGAAUGA